UCCUACAGAAAACGGGUGGCUGCAAACACAAAACGAUCAGCAAAAGUCAGUGGCGUUCGAUCAGUGUACCCAUUAUGGAGCUCUUCCGUUCACUUCCUUCUCCAGCUCUCUCAGGUCAUUUGUUCUCAUCUACCACACAAGUAUACAAGCUAAAGAAUUUAUGUGAGUUGUAUUCAAAGAAAAUGACCUAUACACAAAGAAGAUUCUACAAACAUAUCACGUGUAAUAUCAGAUACUCUCAAAGUGAUGGUGGGGCCUCCAUUUCAAAUUCUGGUUAUAUAAGAAAAGAUUCACAUGUAUCUUCUAAUAUCCCAUUACAAGAUGCACGCGUACUCUAUUCUGUUGCUCCUGCCACUGGCCACAAUAAGGAAGCGCACCCUGAAUCUAAUUUAAGGGUGCCUGCAAUUGUUGAUGCUCUUGAGAGGUUGGAACUCACGUCAAAGUCCCGUGGUCCUGAGGUCUUUGAAAUUCAGAAUUUCCAACCUGCUACUGUUGAUGAUAUUGCAAUUGUCCAUGAAAGGGCCUAUGUAGCUGGGCUAGAGAAGGCUAUGACUAGGGCUUCUGAUGAAGGUAUUAUUUUCAUUGAUGGGUCUGGUCCAACGUAUGCAACUGAAACUACUUUUCAAGAAUCCUUAGUUGCAGCUGGUGCAGGGAUUUCCUUGGUUGAUUCUGUGGUUGAAGCAUCAAGGAUUCGGAUGGAUCCUCCUGUAGGGUUUGCAUUGAUAAGACCACCAGGUCAUCAUGCUGUCCCAAAAGGUCCUAUGGGCUUUUGUGUUUUUGGAAACAUAGCUAUUGCAGCUCGGCAUGCUCAACGUGUACAUGGAUUGAAGCGGGUUCUUAUAAUUGAUUUUGAUGUUCAUCAUGGGAAUGGUACAUGUGAUGCGUUUUAUGAUGAUCCAGAUAUUUUCUUCAUAUCAACUCAUCAGGCUGGAAGCUAUCCUGGUACAGGUAAGGUCGAACAAAUUGGUGUGGGAAGUGGAGAGGGAACUACACUGAAUCUUCCUCUACCUGGAGGCUCGGGUGAUACUGCUAUGAGAUCUGUAUUUGAUGAGAUCGUUGUGCCAUGUGCCCAGAGGUUUAAGCCUGAUAUCAUCCUAGUAUCAGCCGGCUACGAUGCUCAUGUGCUAGACCCAUUGGCUGGCCUACAAUUCACAACCAGUACCUAUUACAUGCUCUCUUCAAAUAUCAAGCAACUUGCAAACGAAUUAUGUGGGGGACGCUGUGUUUUUUUCUUGGAAGGAGGAUACAAUCUCCAAUCUCUCUCCAAUUCUGUGGCUGAUACUUUCCGUGCAUUUCUCGGAGAGGCGAGCUUGGCUCCUAAAUUUGAUAAUCCUGCCUUCUUGUAUGAAGAGCCUUUGUCUAAAGUGAAUCAAGCAAUUCAAAAGGCCAAGAGCAUUCAUUCCCUCUAAAGUUUACAUGGUUGCUGUUUGAGUAGCUAUAUCCAUUGUAUAUGUUAAGCAUGACAGUGUGAAGCAAAGAGAAUUGUUUUGAAGACGAACUGAAAAGAUUAUGUAGAGAUCUUGGUUUACUUAGUC